AAAUCUCCAUCCAACGCCCCCUCUCUCAUCCUCUUCCCCCAAGAAAUGGCCAAACGAAGCACCAUAUCCUCACCCGCGGAGCACCCUACCCCGGUCUAAAAAAGUAAACGACUCCCUACUCCUAAUACCCCCCCUCUCUCGGAUCUGGUCACCGCCGGUGAGCGAACAUCAAAAUGUUGCGGUCACCGUUCACGGCGGCGCAGUGGCAAGAGCUGGAGCACCAGGCGCUAAUCUUAAAGUAUCUGCUGGCGGGAGUUCCACCCGAUCUCCUCGUUCCGAUCCGGAGGAGCUUCGGAUCCUUACCCGCUUACUUCUACCCGAACCCGGCCCUGAGUUACUGCUCCUAUUUUGGAAAGAAGUUGGAUCCAGAACCAGGGCGGUGCCGGAGGACGGAUGGAAAGAAAUGGAGGUGCUCCAAGGACGCCUACCCUGACUCAAAAUACUGCGAGCGGCAUAUGCACCGUGGAAAAAACCGUUCAAGAAAGCCUGUGGAAUCCCAAACCCUCUCUCAGUUGCAGUCGUCCUCAUCGACUGUAACUUCCCUCAAUCCCACCGGGACAAUCAGUAGAAGUGUCCAGAAUAGUCCCCUACCAUACUCCAUGUCAAGUAGUAGCAGUGCUCAAGCUUCAACCUUGGGUGCUUAUGGCACAGGGAACAAGGAUUAUAGGUACCUCAAUGGAGUAAAAACUGAACUGAACAUGCACAGCUUUGCGCCUGAAGCUUCUGGAAGCAUUAAAGGCCUGGGAGUAGACCCUUCUCUAAGCUCAUCAUGGACCUCUCGAGACUCCUCAUUUUCGCUCUCCAAUUCCAGAAACAGCUCUCAUUCCUACUCUCAGCUCCAGCAGCAGCAGUCUUCUUACUUGGGAAGUGAUUUCGGUUUGCUGCAGCCAGUGAAAGAAGAGACCAAUUCUCUUCGACCUUUCUUUGAUGAGUGGCCUAAGACAAGGGAACUCUGGUCUGAUCUUGAGGAUGAGAGAUCCAAUCAGAUAUCUUUCUCCAACACUCAGCUAUCGAUGUCUAUCCCCAUGGCUUCUUCUGACUUCUCUACCACUGCAUCUAGGUCAACUAAUAAUAAUUGAAGGAGACUGUAAGAUCACAAGCUGAGCACGGAAAUUAGAGGAAAUUUGAGGCUUCAUGCUUGAAUUUUCUGUGGCAAAGGGCGUGGGAGUUAUGAAACUAAUUAUCUUCUAAAUUAUUUGUUUGUUGAAGAGGAACUUCAUAUUCCACGAUAGCAUCGUGACUCUGUUUAGGAUGUUGUUUGGAUAUUUCCAUUAUGUGCAAUAUGAGUUAAUAUGAAACGUUUGUGUUAGUCCAUUUUCAACUGUUUUUAUUUUGUA